AUGGAUUCAGGUCAAGACGAAGAUUCUCAAUUGGUUGAGCGUGGGAUAAAAAAGCUCGCGCUCCGAGCAAAGUUCGAUGCAGAAAGCAAUAAAUCCGAGUCAGAGGAGUAUGACAAUGCGAACAGUCCUCGUAACAGUCAGGCCAAGGAAGUAGGAUACAUUGAAAAACUGAAGGAGGAGACUGAGAUUAGAAGACAGAUGAAUAUGGUAGCACUCAAUGAACUUGACGAGGAUACUCGGGUCGAGAUAGAAGGAUACCGGACUGGAACAUACUUGCGGUUGGAGAUUCAAAAUGUUCCUUAUGAAAUGGUUAAGUUCCUUGAUCCUUGUCAUCCAAUUCUUGUUGGAGGCAUUGGUUUCGGCGAGGAUAAUGCUGGAUAUAUGCAGGCACGGUUGAAGAAACAUAGGUGGCACAACAAAGUACUAAAGACGAGAGAUCCAAUUACCGUGUCUAUCGGAUGGAGACGUUAUGAGACGGUUCCUGUAUACGCCAUUGAAGACGGUAACGAGAGACAUCGAAUGCUCAAGUAUACUCCACAACACAUGCACUGUCUUGCUAUGUUCUGGGGUCCUCUUGUGCCACCAAACACCGGCUUUGUCGCUUUCCAAAACCUGUCAAACAAUCAGGCAGGAUUUAGGAUAAUCGCGACUUCUGUAGUUGUUGAGUCUCAUCAUGAAGUCCGUAUCACGAAGAAAAUCAAGCUUGUCGGAUAUCCUUGCAAGAUCAUGAAAAAGAUUGCAUUUAUCAAAGACAUGUUCACCUCUGAACUUGAAAUAGCUCGAUUCGAAGGCUCAUCUGUCCAGACAGUUAGUGGCAUUAGAGGAGAAGUGAAGAAGGCUGCCAAGGUCCAAGGAGAUGUACCUUUGAAGAUCAAAUCCGAAUGA